AUCUAUAUGUUUAUCUCAUGGUUAUGUAUUGACUAAUAUUAGCUUAUAUUAUAUUUAUCCACAUAAUUUAUAAUUAAUUUAUGAAAUCAGCGAAAUUUUACGCUUCUAUUAUAUGCCUUUAAUAUCAGUCAUGGUACAAGAUCAUCUCAACAUUUUCCGUCUAUUUUCGCUUUAAUGCGUAACUGGGACAUACCUAGUAGGACGCCAGGUCGGCGCGGUCAUUCUUUUCAUUUGCUUCCUUUCUUUAGUUUUAUUUUUGAUCGCCUUAAAGACCGAUUCUCUCACGCCUUGCACCUGAAAUACGAUUGCUCAUGCACAUAUACAUACAGAUGUAUAUAUACAUAUACAUAUGUACGUAGCAUACGGAAACAAAUGAGUAAUUGGUUGGAGGUAUAAGAUGAAUUGCAAUCAAUGAAAAUAAAUACCAAUUGAACAAAUUACUUGCCAAAUCUAUUUUAUGUCAUACGUUAACGCGUUUUACCUAUUCUGAAUUUUUCCCCCACACUACUCUUUUCAAUGGCAUCCACGCUAGUUAGUCAGUGUAGUUUUGGCAUUUAGAGUUUGUCCGCGUCCGCUAUUGUGUGUUACCCCGUCUCUAAAUCUAAAAGUUUCUAAUAGAAAAUGAGUAUACUGCUGUUCAAGCGCCAUCUGGAGAAGUCUCAGCUGGUUGCACAAAAUUUCAUCAAAGCCAAUAAUAGUGUACCCUGUUAUGUGAGUAUGCGUGAGAUGCCAGCUCCCAGAAAGAUUGAACGCGUGCACGACCUGGUGGCGCAGUGUGCAAUGCUUUUCACCAUAUACACCUGCGACUGGAUUGCGGAUGAGUAUUUCGCGGAUCACGACAGCGAUUAUCUUGUAAGCUCUCUGUGUUUAUUAUUCUGUGCUUUCGCAUAGAUGUGUCGAAUAAUGGUUAGACACAGAAAAUGUGUAACACUCAAAUAUCUUGCCUGCCACAACCGCAUUAACAAAUUAAAGAAACAUCGAUUGUGCUCCCAUCGUACCGGGUCAUUCGUGCUUUGUUAAUCCCCAUUUGAAGUGUUACGGUGAUAGAUUUAUUGUUGUUGGUAUGAGUGGAUGAAUUCCGAAAGCUUUUAAUUAUUCUCUUUGAAAUUAGUUUUUCGUCCAUUAGAGUUUUGUAAGUUUGUGCAUCUACAUACUCGUCCAUACUUACAUAAACACACAUUCGAUAUAUUUCUGAUUGAAAGCUACAUGUCAAUUCAACUAGUUUGGCUAUUCACAGUGACCAUUGCGUUGCGUCAUUUUCAUGAAACAAAAUGCACUCUUCUGGGUGAGUAUUUGUUGAAUAUGUUGCGGGUGUCUAUAGGUAUAUGCGCUUGCAUUUAUUGCUUAGUUUGCCAUUUGUCAACGGCGGCUGAUACAGUUCCUAAACUAGUCGUGUUAUUGACGUCUUCGAUAGAGUGUCACCGCUUAGGUGUUCUCCCUAUUUCGUUGUAAAUCUGUUAUCACCGGUCUCUCAAGAUUGAUUAUUUUCGGCGACUAGAAAAAAGAGCUGUUAAACGACAGCGAAAUGGUCUCAAGUCAACGCGGUCUUCGUCGGAAAAGACCGCCAUUUACGGCACGAUCUCGUUACGCAAAAGUAUCAAUCGUUGCCGCAAUAAUUUCGAUUUGGUUGUAGAGUGUGAUGUUUUGUUUGAUAAGUUUUUGGGCGAUUGGAUAACGGAUGAGUAUUUUCUUGAUCAUGAUAAUGACUAUCUUUAUUUAUCGUUUGAUUUGACCCCGAGAGAGCGAGUAAAGGCACGCCAAGAAAUUUACGUGAUUGUAAAACUGGUCUGAGGGACUUGCUACAUACAAGUAUGCAAUGCCUGCCAAGAGAUUAUUGCAUUUACCUCGGUCCUGUUUAGAGGUGCGUGAAAACCAAAAUACACAAGUAACCGUUCGAUUUAUGUACUUAACAUCCCUCGGAUCGGUUGAUCAUUUUCACAUUGCACUUGAAACGCAUUUCGCAGUAAUUGAAAAGCACUUUUCGCUCGGUCAGAACAUUUGUAAUAUUCGUCGUUAAGUUCAGGCACGUUAAGAAUUCGAGCGGAGGCGCACCCAGUCUUCGCUAUUUCGUGUUGAGUAAUCAUUAAUUUUUGUGUUUUUUUUUAAGCAAUUAAAGUGUAAUAUUAUAAAAAAAAUUUUAAUUUUCUAUUGAAUUUGUAUUGUGUGUUAAAAUAAGAGUAAAUCAAGGCGAUUUUCGAAAAUAUUAACCACAAGAAGUAUAACAUUGAACGACGUACUUAAAAACCACACUGCACGACCUCAAUUGCAAAAUAAUUUAAGUGCCAACAAAACAAUAAAAUCAAAUUGCUUCAAUACAGACAAAUACCAAUUGCAACGUUGCAAUAAUGUCCAACGAAUUUAGCGAAUUGAUCGCCCUUAAUUGCCCCGAUCUACAUUCGAACAAUGCCAGUAUUGGUGGGGGUGGUGGCGGUGGCCAAGUUCAUAUUAUUGACUCCGAACGCCGUUUGAGCGUAAAACAGAUGACGGCGACGGAAUUCGCUGCCAUACGCGCUGCAGCCUCAGAUGAAAUCCAAGCUGCUCUUGUCAAUGUAUCUGCCAUGCAGUCGGUAUCGGCGCCUGCUACGCCAGCUGCUGUGAACAAACCAGAUUUAUUAGUCAACACUGGCAAAUGUUCAAGUGACAAUGCAACACCUCCCGAGGUGGUGAGCACGAAUAAAUCAGUAGAAGAUAUACUAAAGCUACGAUCUCCACCGAGUGAUGGAAUCAUAAUGGUACCAUCUCAUCUUCCCAGCCCCUAUGAUCACAGCAUGUUGCCUCCAAGAGGGGGAGAUCGGUUAGUACUCUUGGCCGCACCUCUGGAACGUGUAACCUCCUUGCCGAAUAUGUUCGACAAAGGCAUAGAAGAGCAUGCGGCUGACGCAUUGCGUGAUUCUAAAAUGAGAGUGAAUUCACCGAAACCACAAUUGGAGCUUAAUUUAGAUGAUAAUCUAUCGAAAGGUCGCGGUGCGGUUUAUGACGAGAACGAGUCAAGCAAACGUUCCACUUCCAAAUCGUCCACAGAUGAGGAUGAAACCCCACAAAAUCAUCAUAAGAUUUCUGAUUCGAUUGAAUUACUGCGUAUGCAGCGACGCCAGCGUGGUUUAGACACUGCAGCACGUGAAAUAAAACCAGAGCGUUCAAUGUCUCCAGUCAUAUCUGGCGGACCUUCUUUGCUCUCUAUUACAUCGCCGCGUUCACACCACGAACGCAGUCCGGCGCCAGACCGUCUGCACAGUUCGAGUUUGAGCAGCAUUGGCUCGGCACUUUCGGCUUCGGGCAGUGUGUCUGUAUCAGUAAAUACAAGUAGGCGAGGCAGUGCCGUUAGCACAGUUGAAGAAAUGGCAACCACUUUACCAGCGGCGUUACCACCGAUCUCUAAUUUUCCUUUAUCAAAAACUACCUCGACACCGAAUAUGGAGCGUCGCCGAAGUAGUUUGUCCGCAAUCUUUCCAGGACCUUCGCCACUGGUGGCACCUGAGCCUGUCUUGCACACUAAUCCUUUAUUGCCGAAGAACAAUGUGGCUGCUGAGGAAGAAGAGAAACACCAUAUAGAAGAAGAUACUUUCAAGCGAGAUAUACCUGUCGGAAAAAUGAUACAUCGCACUAAAACGCCACCACCAGUCGGUGUCAAAUUAGGUGUAAAUUUGAAAAAGGUUUCGCCGCCAAGGACUCAAAUAGGAAUCAAAAAAAAUGAGGCACCAAUGUUGGGAGUAGUGUUGCGACGUGUUGAAAAGAAACCUGUACAACAAAAAAGCAUUCUUGAUGACGACAAGCCACUCUAUCACUUCUCCAUUGUACGUAGUGAAAAAAAGGAUCAAAAACCGAUAACAGCUGCUCCUAAGCCAAAGCCGAAGCCUGAAAUUGGUAUACAAAAGUCUGCGACCACUGCUGCAGUGCCGCCAAAACCGAAUCCUGGUGGCAUUCUAACAGGUCCACAGGGUAAGACGGGAGUUGGCGCACGCCCUGCACAUCCGGUACAGCGUCCACCCCAGACUCAACGCCCACAACUUGGUGUACCGAUUACUAUUCAGAAGAUCGAAGGCGAUAAAAUUAUUAUUAUUAAGAAAUUUGUUAUCCCAAAGAAUGGUAAAAUUCCGGAGCAGUAUCUCAAGGUUGGUUGGUCGUUUGUGUUGCAUUUGAUUUUGGUUUAUGUGUUGGCAUUUUGAGUUUUGUCGUUCAUGCAGUAUAUCUGUACAUGUUCGUGAUCGUUUCAAGGUCAAUGUUAAGCUGUUUUCUGUGAUGUCACAGUGUUGAAUGUUGCAAGGCAUACAGCGUGUCUUCAGAACAUCCAAUUUACAACACAACAUUUUAAUUAAUUUAUUGGCAAACCGUGGGUAGUCGGGGGGAGAAUUUAUACAUAGCAUUGUUGAACAGUGAAAAAUUGUUAGAUGCUAGUAAAUUAGAAGCUAAAUAGCUGUAACCAUAACAUAUCCCUAUAUUUACAGAAUAUAUCUUAAAUAUUAGAAAUUUUUGAGGUUUUUUUUAAUCAAUUUACUUUGACUUUUUCCAAACAAAUGAGUGAAAAUGUUAAGCACUCAUCUGAGGAAACCAAUUCUGAAUCAAAAACAAUAACAUCAAGCAAAAUAGAACUUUCAAACGGCAGUGAUGAAACAGUACCGCCAUUAUCCAUUCCUAGAACAGCAACGGUGAAAUCUGUGAUUACUACGUCUCUGCCUGAAACUGAAGGAACCAAAGCUAAUGAUGAUAAACAGCGAGGCGUGACCAAAGCAAUAGAAUCUAAUACCUCUUUUAAAAAGUAUACUUCCAAUCCAAUGGUGCCCACUACGGUCGCCACGUUUGGCGAAGCGCCGUCAAACAUAUCGAAUAACCUAUCGGGGUCACAACAGGCUUAUCAUUUUGUAUCCCCCCAAAUUGCGGCGGUCUUAUCUUCAAGUAAGACCGAAACUAGGACUGGUUUGUGUUCGCCAGUUUCUUCUCCUCUAAGUGGUCGAAAGAGCCGGCCGUUAGUGAUUUCGAGUCCUAAAUCAACCCCGCCAGUAGCACGUAAAAAUCACCAUUUGUCAUAUAAUACAGUUACUGGUACUAUAUCAUCACCAAUCCCUAUACCUGCGGUACCACCGCAUAUGAUGUCGGCUAUGGGGUCCAGUCCGGCAUCAUCAUUAUCACUAUCUUCGUCGACAUCAUCACCAUCGUCAUCGCCGCCUCCGCCUGUGCCUGUGCGAGCACCCAAAUACAGUUCCAGUGCGAACGGGCAAAGAUCUUUACAACCGAGUCAAAAAGAUGGUACUAACUCAUAUAAAACAGGUUCAACUCAUGGGCGCGGUUACAAGCCGCUAAGGGGUUCGCCUCGUAGUCAAAUGGACUUGACACAUCCAAAAAACGAGGAUAGCAAAGUUGGUAAUGCCAUCUUGCGUUUACCAGAACUAACCUCCAUCUCGGCCAAGCAUGGAAUGGAGAUUGACUUAGAUAAAUUGGUUGCGCAGCAGAAGGAGCUGGAGAAGCAAACAGCGGCUGUUAAAUUGGAUGCAAAUAUUUAUGAUGCGGAAAUCGAAAUGAUGAAUCAAUAUUUGAAAAGCCUACCUGACUACACUGAAUUGGACAAAAAGUUGCAUAAGGAGUUUCAGGAGUGUGAGGACUUGUAUGACCGUUUGAAGCGUCGUCAGGCGCCAUUUUCAAAUUUGAAUUCCCGCAAAAGUGUUAUAUUACCCGCGGCAAUUAAUUCACAGACGACAAGCCGUCCAAAUGUAUCUGUUCAUAGCUUGGCGAAAUCAUCAUCCACAAAUCUCGGCAAUCCUCAUACUUCAGUGGAGCAUCCACAAUCAACCAUCGGCGCGAACCGCUCUCGCUUGGCAUACCCUUCCAUAUUUUCCUCAGUCGGACAGCAACAUCAUGCUCCGAAAUUGCAACGUAGCAUUUCGAGUAACAAUAUGCCAUAUUCGAACUCGCCGCAAUAUGGCUGCGUUCAGGGAAUUAUAACACCGCAGUGCACCCAAUUGUCAACGGAUCAGAAAAACUCAACGACCAACGGAUCCAAUCUUUCACUCAACAAGCAAUUAAUGAACGAUUUUUGGACAGAAAAUCUAAUGUCCUCACAGAAACGUCAAACACCGAAACGGUCAAUAUGGAACUACGAGAAAAUUUGCGCACCUACUGUAAACACAGUAGGCGCUGCAGGAGCACCACUUAAAGUCGAUGCCCAGACAGCUAAGAAACUGGCCAUAUUCGAUCCGACAGUGGCCGAAGCGGCCCAAAAGGAACUCCAUAAGCCAAAUAAACUACAGAAGAAUGCAUCUCUAUCACAUUUGGAUAUGAAAGUGCGUCAAGCCAUUACUAAAGAAGAACUGUAUAAACUUAUCUGUAAUGAAAAUUCACUCACUGUCCCACUGACGCCUACAAAUUUCGUCAGCAAGCUACCUGUAAAAAUAAAUGCUCAACCAUCAUCAUCACAGGGGCAUCAUCAUCAGGAGCAGCCUGAGCAACAACAAUAUUCAGAGUUGGUGCCCUUGAAUAAAAGCGUUUCACUGUCCCAUGUUCCCUCCGGGCCGAUCUCAAUACAAACCAAUUUCGACAAUGCCAUGUCACACACACAAGUUGCUAAAACUGCAGCGAAGAAUCUGGUACGCUCAACAAGUCGCACACACAUACCGUCCUAUAUGAAACACUUGCCCGCAUUGAGUCGCAGCAAUUCCAACACAGCUAUCUUAAUGCCAACGUCCACAGCAGCGCAAAUGAAGCAGCCAUCCACGUUGAUGAGCAACACGACAACUUCGUCGGCUACACCGAGAACAGGAACAGUGAAUCCCAUGGGUGGUUUACUCAAGAGUGCGUCGAGCUCAAGUGUUUUCGGCAUUGAUGCGACAGCUAAAUAUAGUCCGUUCUAUAUGCAGCGAUCUAUCGUUGAUGACUCAGCCCAAACUACGAUAGCAGCUACGGGGGCUACGCUGCCACAGUUAACAGCCACCGCUGUGUCGCGUGCGCCUGCAUUGACAACUUCUUUGGUGGCUCCAAGUGAGAAACCGAAAUCGGCCCUUAGUGACGAGCUAAUGAUACGUCAAAAGCAAUCGCAAGCAUUGACGCAACUGCAAAAGCAGCAGCAGGAGAGAAAAGAGCAGCCGCAAAUUGAAGUUAAACAACAACGGGAACCCACGCGACCACAAAAGCAAAUUGUCACGCCUUUUUCUAGUGAUGCGGCUAAAUCAUCUGGAUCGGUUAUGGUAUGCGUCAUGAAGACAGCUGAUAGUGGUGUCAUUGUCGCACCAUCCUCAUCUGAUCGCAAAUCGGAAAAGAGCAACAGCACGAUCAGUACGAGUAGUAUAACAACAACAAAUUGCUGCAGUACACAUUUGCCGCAACUAUCGAAAUUUACAUCGUCGUUUCACAUACCAUCCGCGGAGGCGAAGGGCAGCCGUGUGACGCCUACAACAAAGCAAACCCCUCGCAAUGGUGGCUCCACAACUGGCAGCAGUGCAACAGUGUCAAGCGAUGAGCAAGCCUACAAAAUCACCAAGAUGCAAAGCGGUGCCAACUUAGAAUUGACCAAACGUCAAAAGGAUACAGACAAUAAGGUUGAGAAGUGCUUGAACGAAUUGUUGAAAAUUGGCAACAAUAGCAAUAGCAAAAAUGCAUCGAGCAGUUUAGCAGCGGAACUAGUGCAAACAUCCACGCAACCAAGCAAAAUUGCUGUUCCAGCCGUCAUAGGUAAUCAAUUUACUGAAGACCAAGGUAAAAUCAAGAGGAUGCAACAGCAACUACCACAGUUAUCGAAGAAGAGUUUUCCCCUUGGCAAGUCGAGCUCCACCUCGCAAAUACCGCUAGGUGGCUGUAGCUACCAGCACACAAUUUUGCAGUCACAAGUGCAGUCGCAACAACAGAAUGACCAACAACUUAUUCAGCAACAUGACAUUCUACGUCUGAGGAAACCACAGACAUUUCAAGAGGAGCAAGAGGAGCAACAAAUAGUGGCGCCCAUACAACAACACGCCUAUCCGCAACAGAAGCGCCCUUUUUUGAAUUGGAACUCCUUUGCGUGCUCGGCCAUGAGCGGAACCACAGACCCGUUCUGGCAACACCAGCAAACGCAUAAGUUGCAGCACACCGCUUCGGCUUCGAAUGUAGGCAAGAAAUUGCAACAAGCUACCUCUCAACAACAUCUGCAGCAGCAGAAGCAGAUGCCUCUGCCAAAAGCUGCGCCUGGCUUAGCGCCUUCUUUGCAAAAAAACAAUACCAGCAAGGAGAAUAAAUAUACCAAUUUGCAGCAACAACAACAAACACAGUUUAUGACUGGCUUCUCACCUGCACAACCGCCGCAGCAGCAGCUGCCACAGCAGAAACAGCAAACAAAGUACAAUUUCAUGCACACGCAACUUGAUGGGAAUGCCUUGACGCAUUCAGCCUCUUUUAGCGCUGCGCAGAGACCGAGCGGAUUCCAGUUAUUAGGUGGUAAGCAGCAGCCGCCGCCCGGGCAAUACUUCAAUGGGCCAAAGAUGCAGCAACAGCAACAAUCGCAGCCGCCACAAGCGGAGUGCCAAAUAUUCCAGAACUUCGAUUCUUAUUUAUAUCCGAAGCACAGCAACUACUCUCACGGAAAUAUACAGCACAGGCUCUUUCGUCAUCAGCAACAGCAACAGCAGCUACAGACUGGUUGCAGCGGUGGUUUUUCAACGCAGCACAAUACUCAAGUACAACAACAACUGCAACGACAGCCAACAGGCGGUGCUUCGUAUCACGGUGUUGGCUCAGCCAACGCCACUGCUGCUCCACUUCAAGUCAAUCCCCUCACCCAAUCAGCCUCCACUUCGGCCAUGUGCUACGACACUCACCGUCCUCUUGCUCCGAUUCUUGCAUCCGGUGCUGGGCAUCAGCAUCAGCAUCAACUGAUGUUGCAGCAGCAACAAAGUAAUUCAGUUAUUUUAAAUCAAUCACACAAUCAAAUGUCCAAAUCCGCACUAGCACUACACUAUAUCGAGACAGCAAAGCCCGUCAUAAAAGAUGAUGCUGAUGGCCACUUGAUAUAUCACAACGGCGAUAUACUUCAUCACAGAUAUAAGAUUAUGGCUACGCUGGGCGAGGGUACUUUCGGACGGGUCGUGAAGGUCAAGGAUAUGGAGAGGGACUUUUGUAUGGCCUUAAAGAUCAUUAAAAACGUGGAGAAAUAUCGCGAAGCUGCGAAGCUGGAAAUAAACGCUUUGGAAAAGAUCGCUCAAAAAGAUCCGCAUUGCGAACAUUUGUGUGUGAAAAUGAUUGAUUGGUUCGACUACCAUGGCCACAUGUGCAUCGUUUUUGAGAUGUUAGGUUUAAGUGUGUUCGAUUUUUUGCGCGAGAACAACUAUGAACCAUAUCCAUUGGAACAAGUACGGCACAUGGCCUAUCAAUUAUGCUAUUCAGUGAAAUUUUUACAUGACAAUCGCUUAACGCACACUGAUCUCAAACCUGAAAAUAUACUCUUCGUCGAUUCGGAGUAUACGACGCAUUAUAAUCACAAAAUAAAUCGCGAAGUGCGUCGUGUUAAAAACACCGAUGUUCGCCUCAUUGAUUUCGGUUCGGCAACAUUUGAUCAUGAGCAUCAUAGCACAAUUGUUUCAACUCGUCACUAUCGUGCACCGGAGGUUAUUCUUGAGUUAGGCUGGUCGCAGCCCUGUGACGUUUGGUCUAUUGGCUGUAUUCUCUUCGAGUUGUACCUAGGCAUAACCCUCUUCCAAACGCACGACAAUCGGGAGCAUCUAGCGAUGAUGGAGCGCAUCCUUGGACAAAUACCAUAUCGAAUGGCACGCAAAACAAAAACGAAAUACUUUUAUCACGGUAAGUUAGACUGGGAUGAGAAGUCCUCGGCUGGGCGUUAUGUGCGCGAUCAUUGCAAGCCACUAUUCAGAUAUCAAAUGAGUGACACGGAAGAUCACUGCGAACUUUUUGAUCUGAUCAAGAAAAUGUUGGAGUACGAACCAUCUCAGCGGGUAACGUUAGGUGACGCGCUUCGCCAUCCGUUCUUCGAUAAGCUCCCACCGCACCAACGCGUCGGUGAAAUUGGCAAUAUAAAACAGGCGAUUUCUUCGGGCAGCAGCAGCAGCCGUGAACGUUCGCAUAGUUUAUCAAGAUGAGAUUUGGCGCGAUUUGGUUAUUGUUAAUUAAAAUUAGAACUGCAACAGCGAACGACAUAGAAGUAGGAGGAAAAAACAUAUGGACAACCAACCGGCAUCAAACAGAUACAAUGAAUUAAAGAGAAAAGCAAGUAUUGGAAUUAGACGUGUGCCCAGCAUAUAACGGGUGAUGACGACAACAAUGCUGCGCAACGACAACGAUGCCAUAGAAAACAUAGCAUAGGAAAAAGAAAAUCAUCACCACAUUUAGAAGAACACCUAAAAACGAUUGGAUCAGCAUACAAUAAUUUUAUAGUAACACAAGAACAGGCAGCAGAACGGAAGAGGAGAAAGGCAUAAAUAGUUUUAAGAUACAAUACAUACAGUACUAAAUACUAGUAAAUCUACUUUUUGUAAAAUAAUUUUGGAAUUUACGGUAAAGGUGCGAAAAUGUGGUUUCCACACACGCACAAACACACACAUAUAAACAAACAAACAUAUACAUUUUGCGAAAAUGUCUUAUUGAAACCUUUGCGACAAUUAAUUAAUCUAACUUGUAAUUAAUUACAUACGUACUUUGUAUCGCCAUAGAUGCAUUCAUCUAUUCAUCGUGUAUGAUUUUAUAUUCUUACAUACAUAUAUAUUUUGUAUUUUCCACUAAUUUAUAUUUCCGUGAGAGUUUCAAUGAAAUUUGUUAGUUUUUUUAUGUACAAGAUGUGCAAGGCUUUUGUGUGUGCACAAAUGCGAUCGCCCACAAUAAAUGAACGCAAAAAAGCUAAUUAGUAAUUAUAGCCAAUAUUAA